AUCACUGAGCUGUUUUAUCAAGUAGAUAAAAUGAAGGUCAACAUAAAUACUGGCAGCAGAUAAGACUUACUGAAGAGAGUAAUUAACCUACUUUUGUUUGAACACAGUAAAACCCACUAAAGAAAACUCACAAUAAUGCUGAUUAUUUUCAGAUUUAACACCCUGUCCAAACCAUUGUCACAAACCUUUAUAGUUAUUAUUUUGUGGUAUUGUUACUGAUUCAAUAGACUAUAGACUUCUGAGUGUGUCCAGUUAUUUAUGACUCUUGACUCAGCUUGAAGUAUUUCUAGGUCACUACCUUUGUCCACUGCCAUGUGUCUUGUUGUGGUGAUUAAGACUUGUGCUAAUCCAUCCUGAAGGGUACUUAGCCGCCCCAGCACACACGCUGUUAUGGUGCCAGCUGAAAAUAACCUGGACAGAGAGAGCUAGUCAAAUGCAGGUGCACACAGACCAGCUACAGCCUGUUCACCAAGACAGAUAGGAAGUCAAAUAAUACCUCCACUGACACAUCCUCUCCAUCAUGUCGCCAGAGUUUGGUAUCAUCCUGUUUGAACUUUUUUAGGUAACCCUAUCUGAAGACAGAAUGACAGUAGGGUUGGCUUCCCUAGUCUCAAAAAUGGCCAUCAUCCAAUGAAACUAGCUGCAGCUCACAGGCUCACUCAAAACAAAGAGAAGCCUGGCUUAAAUGCCAGCUGUGAUGAUGCUUUUCGCUUUGGCAGGGAUAGAUUUUUAGGUCUUUACAGUCAUGCACAGUCAUGUGUGCCAGCUGCAAGACUAUUGAAAAUCUUUGCUUUUUAAUAUCUUGAAAUAAGCUUUUUCUUGCUUUAGUAAAUCAUGAACAUUUGACACAUUAUCUGUUUAUUGCUACAAAAUAGUCAAAUUCAAGAGCCAGUAUUUGACAGCAGCUUUUUCUGGAGGGGACUUUCAUUAUUACCCAGCUUUUGUCCCAAGCACCUAGAUUUUGAACUAAACUGAACGACUAAUGAAUGUUGUAUGAAACAAUGUGCUAUCAAAGCUUAGAGGUGUGCUUGUUAGAUUUUUAUUUGACUUGAGAGUAAGCUAUCUAGUGAGAGCUACUCUUCAGAGUAAGUAAAGUGUAGAUGACACUAAAAUCAUCCUUUGUGUGUGUAUGAAGAAGCAUGCUGAAGCAUGGGGCCUGUGCGACUUUGGAUCUCUGGUACUUAAAAGGAGUAGGCAACAGAUUAUCUCUGUUAUGAGUCUCAGGGUUUGGGGCUUUGUUUUCAGUGUUAACAGGUUGUUGAAAUCUCAUUUUCUUUUAUUCACCUGUGCUCCUUGUGCAUUAUCGCCUUGCAAACACAAGCAUAUUUUACUUACGUUCACUUUGCCCAGUAUACUUGACCAGAUUGUUUCUGUUGACAGAGAAAUUAUUCAGCCACAUUGGCAUCUAUCUGCAAAUUGUUGCCUUAUGGAUUGUACCAUGAUAAGCAGACCUUACUACAGUGACUACACACCAGAGUCUGCAGUGAUAGCAGGGCACAAAGCCCAUGGGUUGAUGUUUGAUUUAAAUAAGUGGAGCAAGUAGUUGUACCAUAAAACCCAACAAGUGCCCACCUGUGUAAACUGCUUUUAUUGUGCAUUUAAAACAAAGAUGACAACUCAGUUGUCACAGUAAGUCAGUUUACUGUGGCUUUUAUGGGCUUCUGAAGUCGGAUACACAAAAGUACAUUUUUAAACAAAAGUACUGGAAAUUAUCUUUCUCAGAUUAAUAAAUAAUCCAUUGAAGGACCACUAACUGCGUGAAGACAUUUUCCUUUUUUUCCCCUAAUAGUUUCUCAUGAAAAUAUGUAUUGGUUUCAAUGCACCAGGGCCCUGACAGGAAGAAGCUAACUGCAUCAUGUGUCAAAAGGCCAUUCCCACCUCUGCAGGCAUUCAGACACAGUUGAUUUGUUUGAUCUUCUCAACUCUCUCUCAUGCUUAAGUAUUUUUACUAAAAUGUGGAACUGCUCCUUAAACAUUGUUGGCAGUGGUGUGAGCAGAUCUAUACUGGGCGAAGGUGAAGCACUUUAUCUUUUAAAUCAUCUGUUUCAGGAAAUCUACUCACUCUAUUUUCAAAUACCACACAGUGCAGCGAGGUCCUCCUGCCUUUAUAAUAGCUGUACUCCUGUGUUUGCAGCAGUCAAGGAAAACAGGUUGGGCCUGACAUUUUUCCUAUUGAUUUAUGAUGCAGACUGUACAAAUUGCAGCAUGUGGAGAAUUGUCUGUACAGGUUAUUCUCCCAUCACACAGAAAACCUUUGGCACCGUCUGCUAAGCUGCAUAAAUAACACCUAGAAAUGAAUCAAAGACCAGAGAAGAUCACCUCACAUUUGUUGAGACGAUCAUGUGUGUCCGUGUCCACAUCCGCUCACCAUUGUCAUCAGUGUCUCAAUGUGAUGUUUUUGUUUUUCUUAACUGAAGCACAAAUGUCAAGCUAUUGGUCAGGUUGCCCAGUUAGCUUUGACCGUCGGUGGGGAAACUACGGGAUGGUUGCCCCAAACUGUUGUUACAUGGUGCUUGAAGGCUACAUGUUGUUGCUGUUUUUGUAUGUUGCAUAUUUUCCAGACUUAGGAACUGUGGGAAAUAAUGACUGCUGCUGCAGGUCAAAUGACGUUGCAAGGUGCAGGCAAUGCAGAAAAAUUUGACUAUGUUAUGAACUUUCUGAAAAAGAUGGCAGGAAAUGAGUAUGUGGGUUUCAGCAAUGCCACUUUCCAGUCGGAGCGUGAGUCAGGAGACAGGAACUUUGCCAUCGGCUAUUACCUGAAGGAAAAAAAGUGUUUCCCAGAGGGGACAGACAUGACAUCUGUACUGGACUUUUACUUUCAACUUUGUUCCAUUGAGGUGACCUGUGAGAGCGCCAGUGUCAUGGCAGCCACCCUAGCUAAUGGCGGUAUCUGCCCUAUCACGGGUGAGCGCGUGCUGAGCCCCGAGGCAGUGAGGAACACCCUGAGUCUGAUGCACUCCUGUGGCAUGUACGACUUCUCAGGACAGUUUGCCUUCCAUGUCGGCCUGCCAGCCAAGUCUGGAGUAGCAGGGGGGAUCCUGCUGGUUGUACCCAACGUGAUGGGAAUUAUGUGCUGGUCGCCUCCGCUGGACAAGCUGGGCAACUCAGUCAGAGGAAUACAGUUCUGCACGGACCUCGUGGAGCUUUUCAACUUCCACAACUACGACAACCUGAGGCACUUUGCUAAGAAGCACGACCCUCGCAGAGAAGGAGGGGACCAGCGGGUCAAGUCUGUUAUCAACCUGCUGUUUGCUGCCUACACAGGAGACGUCUCUGCCCUGAGGAGGUUUGCACUGUCAUCCAUGGACAUGGAGCAGAGGGACUAUGACUCCAGAACGGCCCUCCACGUGGCAGCAGCUGAAGGGCACACAGAAGUGGUCCGCUUCCUGCUGGAGGCUUGCAAGGUGAACCCAGUACCCAGAGACAGGUGGGGGAACACGCCGAUGGAUGAAGCCGUGCAGUUCGGUCACCACGAUGUGGUCACCAUCCUGCAGCAGUACCACGACAAAUACAGCCCGCCCCCUGCUGGGGCCGAUGACAAGGAGAGCGCUGAGAAGAGCCUGGACAGUCUGCUGUAGACCUGCUGCACACAUCUGCAAUACUUAAGGUUAUUAUUAGUUAUUGAAUUAGUCUCUGUUGCUGUGUUUUGCCUGCUGUGAUUUGUUUCCUGGCUGUAUAUCACUGCCCCUCUUCACCCCCCCUCCUCCCCCCACCCCCAGCCACCCGCCCACCUCUGUCAUAAUGUAAUGUGUGUUGUGUGUGUGAGCUCUUUAUCAAACAAAUCAGACAAUAUCUAAAAAUCUGUAAUGCAAUGUUUACAGUAUAACACUCAUGUUAAUCUGUACUGUCAGUACUGUGAAACACAUUAGUGCUCUCACAGGAUAGUGUAUUAGUUUAGUUGCAGUAGAGUUCUGUUAAUAAUAUACAUAUAUAUAUAUAAAUAUAUAUAUUCUCUUCUCUACCUGGUAAUAUUUUGGUAACACUCUGUGUCCGUUUCGUGAGAUAGUGAAGUGUUUGGAAGUGGUGGUACAAAUCGUAUGAUGUGUCUCUGAUUGUGUUGACGUGUAUAAACCAGCAGGCAUCAUGUGAACGCUGCAGUUCUGCAUCUGCUCUCCCGUUGUUCUCCUGACUGUUGUGAGGGCAUCAGCAGGUUUUUCUGAAGCUUCAGACCUCCUUUGAAGUCACUGGGAGAUUGUAUUCUGAAUGUAUUUUUCAGUGGCGACACUUGCAAUAGUAGCAGUGUGUAUUUAUUUCACAGGGAGGCUUUUUAAUGUGUGAAAUUCGAGACGUAGGCGCGUGUUAUUUGUUGCAUUUGCGAUAAAGGCACAUCCCUUUAUUUUUGUUGGGAUAGUUACAUUUUUCUGUGUGUUUCAUUUCAUUUUUAAACUUGAAAAAGAAUGUUGCUAAUAUAAUAAUAUAUAAUAAUAAUAAUGUUCGAAAUCAGGUGGGUCAUCUGCUCCCCCUCCCUCCAUCCUCCAUCCCUUCCCCUCAAUAAUGUUAGCAAACAAAUUCUUCCUCUAAUUCUGUGGCUCCUUAGGCAGAAUAUAUAUUUUUGCAAACUGCUUUUCUUGCAGGCUGCUGGUGUCGGGCUUCCCUGCACACAACAAUUUCAGCAGCACUAGGAAAGUUAAUCAUAAUUACUGACCAUGACCAUCAUCAGUCUGGUCUUCUGGCUGUAAUUCUUACCCAGCUGAUUUUCCCAAAGCUUUAGAUUUGAGCUUUUUAUGCUGCUUCAUUCAGAUCUAACCCAAAUCCGUGUUUAUGAAUGUACUGUGAGAACAAAAACAUGUUAACACACAGGCCUCAAGUUAUGCUGGAACAUUCCAAAAGGCAGUUUUUCACGGUCUCACUGUGGUGCUGUUUCCUGAAAACUGGAAUAUAUUCUACUGGUCAGUUUUAGAACAUCUCCAUUUAUCCAGGGGUUUUUUUUUCAGCAGCUAAUGUCCAGUGAACAAGCUUAUAUGGUACAAAGGUCAGUGGCAAACUACCCAAGUCUUUAAAAUUUCUUGGUCUUUAACCUGGUUAACUCACAGCUUACCUGCAGCAGUGGAAGUAAUGACGCCUUGAAAGUUAAAGCCAACAGUUCCUACAGGUGACCCAACUUUAGCUGAUGACUUACAAACUCUCUGUCUGUACAAAGACAGUGUGGGAACAGACUGAUGCUUUAUGAGGACAACACUGUACUGCAGGAAGUAGGACGGUAUACUGAAGUAACAAAGACAGACAGACUGGUUGGUCAGAGCUGCAUCCUACAGCAAGAUAAUGACCCAAAACAUUAGAAGAACAGAAGCAGACGGUGGCUUCACAUGAUGAAGACCAGCACAGUCUCCAGACCUGAACCACACGGAGCUGGUUUGGGAUGAAAACAAAGCAACCUGCAGGUGCAACACAUUUGUGGAAACUUCUGCAACAGUGUUGGGACAAACUUUCUGAACAAUUUGAUUUGUUAAGAAACAUCAUCAUAAGUGUGUUCAGCUGCUGAAUGAGUCAAAAAAUUAAAAUUUAAUUUAGUUCAACAAGAAGAUUCAAUGAUUCUUUGUUUUUAAAAAUCUCCAAGUGUUUUAAUCUCAGAAACACUGAGACAUUGGAUUAAAUACAUUUAAAUAACAGCUGGAAAAUGGAGGCGUUCUAAAACUUUGGACCAAUAGUGAGUAAGUGUGUGUAUGUGUGUGUGUGUUUCACAUAUAUAGUCUCUUUCAAAAUAAGUUUGACAGCUUGAACUUUAGAACAGUGAUUCUUGGAGUUUCAGCUUGAAAAACCGAGAAGAACAAGCACAAAGUCCACAGUGAAGGGAAAAACUAUUCAGACGAUUCAGCUCCCUCAUGUAUUGAAUUAUACGUUUGACUCAGCAGGUGAACCUUCAGUGACGCUUGUUGCUUAUAGGACUGCACUUAUUUAAGUGCUGAAAAUAUGGGCAAGGACUACAAUAUAAAAUAAUACAACAUAAACUGUAAUGUUCUCUGCAGCUCUUUGACCUUGUGAUUAAAUGUUUUCCCUCACAGUUCCCUGAUUCCUAAAAGCAGUUUUUGGUACUGUCCAUCACUGGAAACUUGUGAUGUGCUGAAUAUUUGAGGAGGCUGAUGUUGAGGUUUUCUCCCUGAAACCUGAAAACAAGCGGCUGAGACGUAGGACCACUGAAUGUGUUUGUUCUUUUCUCUGUAUAAAGAAAAUUCUAAAUAUUGGUUCCGCACAGUGUAACGCUGAUGUUAUUUCCUCUGGUAGUGGAAUGCAUUCAAAUGUUUAUUUUAAUAAACAAAA